UCACUUCCUUCUCACACACACGCACACACACACACACACACACACACACACACAUGCAGACUGUGACACUUCAACAGACUGUGACUGGAUGCUUUGGCAGCAGGGACACGGCAGCUCUUCAUUUUGAGAACUCCGAGGGGUAAACACACAAUGAAAUUAGUGUUGCGUGUGUGUUUGCUGCUGCUUUGGACGCUGACAGCACCUGUCAGUUGCGAUACAGCCGGUGAGGUGAAAGUGGCCGAAGUCUCUGACGGGAUUAAGCUGACUUGUGGUGAAAAUUAUCAUGUUAAACCAUCAGAAAUUAAAACCAUCGAAAGAACGUUGGCAUACAAUGAUGAGAAUACAGGGGAGUACAAAUGUGUGUCUGAUGAUGAGGACCAGACUGUAGGAUCAAAAAUCUUUGUGAAAUUCCGGACCUGUGACAACUGUGUGGAGUUCGACACGACAUCAAUAACAGGAAUGGUUGUAGGAAACGUGGUGGCUACGAUUGUGAUAGGAGUGGCUGUUUAUCUCAUCGCAUCUCAGACUCGUACCGCUCCAACCACCUCUAACAAGAAAAGCUCUGAUAGACAACAUCUUGUUCCUAUUGAUGUGAGCAACAGAGCCCCCAAUGAUCACUACCAGCCUCUGAAAGCUCGUCAGAAAGAUACGUAUGAUGUGCUAAACAGAAAGUAGACGGGGCGGUGGAUCGGACCCUGUCCUUUGCCUCCCAAACAUCUGCAGGAGGAAAAGUCUGUUUUCUGUGAUGGGUCAUCACCUCUAAUGUAAUUUUCUCUGUAUAAUACUGUUUUUUCCUCUUCAUUUCUUUUCACCAUGCCUGUAAGAUAUUGCUCUUAAAAGACCACUCACAUAAUGAGGGACUUGUUAGCUUGUUGCUGUAUGUUGAGUGUUUAUCGCCGUUGUUCUUGUUUUUUUUAGCAUUUUAAUCAACCAAUGUGAUAUUUUCAUUCAUUAUCUGUGUUUUGCUCUCCUCAUACAGUAGAUAGGGCUGCUACAACAGCCCAGAUAAACUGUUUAUUUUAACAAAACUGGCAUUAUCAUGAUGCAAAAUAAAAAAUUGAGAAAUAA